UGUAAACACUAUGGUACUCUGUGUCAGUCAUUUUCAUUUCAUUUUGGUUUCUAGGUCUGCGAUUAAAAAAAUCGCCUGUAAAGUGUAAUUCUUGAUUGAAUAAAUAAUCAACUAUUUCUUUGCUUGUUUUGUACUUAAUUGUUCGCCGGCCGUUACGACCUGUGAUAUGAUACCUAGAUGCAUGUCACAAAUUGUUUUCAUGGUGAAUUUUCUUAGUACAUCUUAGUGUAACCCACACUUCACCAUCGAAAAUGAUUGAAACUUGCUCGAAACGAUGUAUGUUACUCGGAACUGUAUUAAUGGGAGUGUUGACCAUAGUUGUUCUAAUACUAGAGUCACAUCUCGCUGAUACUCUGUCUGGUAGCCAGAGAAGGAAUAAAAUGUUUCCCACCGAAAACAACUCAACUUGUUGGAUCCACCAACCAUAUACUGUAAUAAGUGAAUGCCAUCCUUGCUCAGAUUUUGAAAUUAGGAGUAAGAGUAUUGGAGUAUGCAUUCAUACAAGCUUCAAAGAAAUAUUAAAAUGUAAAAAUGGUGAAACAGUAACAAGAAGCUGUGAUAGAGUAGCAUAUUUAGAGGAAAGAGCUUACUGGAAGUUUACAAUUUGGUCUUUUGUUAUAGGCCUGGUAUCUGCAUUAGCUGUAAUGCUUAGAACUAGAGUACUCAAUUUUAGAGCAAAAAAGAGAGCACAAAAGGUGCUUAGUAAUGGAGCUAUUUAAUUUAAUCGAUGUAUUACUAUGAUAUAUUAUAUAAAUAAAUAAUAAAAU